CGGGCGGCCGCUGUCAGGCGUCACGGGGCGGCGGCGCGGGGUGAGGCGCCGGACGCGGCCGGAGAAGGGAGGGGAGGGCUGCAACUGUCCGCCCUGCGGUGCCUGCAGCCCCGCGGGGACGGGUCCUGCGAGGCCGAGGCACGCUGUCCUGAAGAAUGUCGGGAAGCUUCUACUUCGUGAUAGUUGGCCAUCAUGACAACCCCGUGUUUGAGAUGGAAUUCCUGCCUCCCGGAAAAGCGGAGUCCAAGGAUGAUCAUCGCCAUCUCAACCAGUUCAUCGCCCACGCUGCUCUUGACCUAGUAGAUGAGAACAUGUGGCUUUCUAACAACAUGUAUCUGAAGACUGUGGACAAGUUUAAUGAAUGGUUUGUUUCUGCUUUUGUCACGGCUGGACAUAUGAGAUUUAUAAUGCUUCAUGAUGUAAGGCAAGAAGAUGGAAUUAAGAACUUCUUUAACGAUGUAUAUGACUUGUAUAUAAAGUUUGCAAUGAACCCAUUUUAUGAACUCAAUUCACCAAUUCGAUCCAGUGCCUUUGAAAGGAAAGUGCAGUUCCUUGGGAAGAAACACCUUUUGAGCUGAAUAAAUAACUUCCCCGACUGAGUCCUCUUUCAUACUUUCCCGAUUUGAACUGUAGUUGUGGUUAGUUCUCAGCAUGUUGGAUAUCCGUCUUCCUGAAGACUGACAAACUGGAUGCUGAAGCAGCUUUUUUUUCCUUGUUGAUGUAGAUAAAACAGCCAGAUUCUCUGGUUAAAAAAUGUGUAUUAAGGAGCUUAUGUCUUAGGAAAACUAAGUGUAACAACGUCUGGGCUGAAUAAGUACAAAGUGAGGCAUGGCAGAAGGUGCAUAUGCAAAAGGUAAGCCUCUUACACAGGGUGAGAGGACAAUCUGAUCUAAACACAGAAGACAUCUGUUGUGAUUGAAUGUGAGCAAAAGGCAAAAAAACCCCAAACCAACAACUAAACUUCGAUGUUUAAACCCACAUCUUUCCAUUAGCUCUGCAAGUGCUGAAAUGCCCCUUUUGAAAAUGUAUUUAUUUACACUGGGAUCUUCACACCUCUCUCGUAAGGUUUCAGAAGGACUUUGUUGGGCCCCUUUGGCUACAACGUCAUUGUAAAAUGUGGUUAUGUAUUUUUUUCCAAAACUUACUUCAUUUCAAAAUACUGACUUUUUUGAAAGGGGUCAUUUAGCAUACACAGAUCUGAUAUUUUGGUUGAUUUCAGUCUUUUACAAAACCUGUUUCUUUGUGCAGUGUCUGAUCAGUAAUUUACAAAGGAAGUGGCACACUAUUCUUAAAAAAAAGUUCAUUUUGUGUGAUCUGUGUAACUAAAGGGACCGCAUACAUAGGUGCGUUACGUAUAACCAGUCAUUAUUUCUUUGUAAUGUACACAUACUGCUGAAGCAUCUCUGUGAAAUAUUCCCUGAGAAAAGCAACAUUGUACUACAUAGAAUGUGAUAUGUACCUUAAAUAAACUGUGGAAUAAUGCAGCA